AUGCCGUGUACAGGAGACUCGCUGGAAAGGCUCCAAGGCAAGGGAAUUAGGCGAUGGCUACAAGCUGAUCUAUCACGGCACAUCAAAUCGCAACGGCGUUGGUAUCAUAUUGAACGAGACUUUUAUAAACAGCGUCACAGCGGUGGAUCGACUAUAGGAGCGCCUGAUGGCUUUAAAGUAGACACAGGAGAAGUGGAACUGCCAGUCGUCUCUGCUUAUGCGUCACAGGUGGGCUGUAGUGAAGAAGAGAAGGCGUGCUUUUGGGAAGAUCUGGAGCAGUACGUCCAAUCCCUGGAAGGCGAAGAAGUACUUCUAAUUGGAGGAGACUUCAACGGACAUGUCGGUUCUCGGAAAGACGGGUUCGAGAGUUGCCAUGCUGGAUACGGUUAUGGAGCUCGUAACGAUGACGGGUUGCGAAUCCUGGAGUAUGCUGUUGCAAGUGACUUGAUCAUUGCUAACAUGCAGUGUCGGAAAAGAAAAUCGCAUUUGAUCACGUACACCAGCGGUCGUGAAACACAAAUAGAUUUCUAG